GAACCAGUAAUCCCGGCUUCGUCUUGGGAUGAAUUUGUGAAUGCCGCGGAAGCCGGUGAUAUUGAGGCAUUGACUCGCUCUGUGAUGGAACUACCUUACCCGAAUCGCGAUACCCUCGCAUUUCUCUGUGCCCAUUUCCAACUGGUCUGUGAAAAUAGUACACUAAACAAGAUGACUCCAAAAGUUUUGGCCCGUUGUAUUGCUCCAACAAUUGUCGGCCAUGUAUCUGCACGACCACUAAGUAUGACACAAAAGACUGAUGAAGUGGCAAAACAGAUUGCGGUGGUAUUGGCUCUACUGGACUUACCACGCGACUACUGGCAACAGUUUUAUGACUUUGACAAAGAAAGACCGUUGCUGAAGAGUCCGACGAGGUAUUCUCCAUUUAUUGAAAAUUUUGCAAACAGAAUAGGUCAACGUAGGCGAAGGAGAUGA